AUGACGCAAAGAGACUAUGUCUACAAUUAUCACCGUGGAAAAUUAGUGUUUGGAUUACUUCUACUCGAAUUUGAGGAUGCAGUUAAAGAGGGUGAUGGAGCAAGGCUUACAAAUGUGUAUAAAUUGGCUCUACUGUUCUAUAAAUGCUAUGGUCAUCAAAAGUAUGCAUAUGUUACAUUACUUUAUCUUGUAAAGAUGCGUUCUACAUUAAUGGAACAAGCAAAUUCGUUUACAUGGAAUCGAUUUUACAACCACUAUGGUGGAAAAAGUAAAAAUAUUUCGCUGGACCUGAGAAUGGAACAAUUAAACAAACUACUCAAAUCUCAAUUAAGAGCACUUGGUUCCAACAUUAAUGAGACCAAUGCAGGAAGAGUAGCCAAUGCGAUAGAAGGUGUAGAGUUAAUCUUGGGUUCAAUAGACAAUGAUUAUAGCCUUAAACUGCGAUCUCACUUUGAUUUUGUUAUCCAUAAUAAAGUACUCAGGUUCAAGUGUUAA